CCGCGCAGCCAUGCCCUCCGCCCGGCCGCCCGCGGCCCCCGCCGACGCCUCGCCCUGGCCCCCGGGGCCGCCGCCGCCGCCGCAGGUGCUGCUGCUGCUGCUGCUCGGCCUGGCCGCGCUGCUCGCGGGGCGCUGGCUGCGGCGGCACCGGGCGCCGGGCAUCCCCCCGGGGCCCACGCCCUGGCCCGUGGUGGGCAACUUCGGCUUCGUGCUGCUGCCCCCGUUCCUGCGGCGGAACAGCUGGCUGCACCGGCGGGCGGCGGCGGCGGCGGGCGCGGGCGACGCGGGGGGCGCGCGGGGCGCGGAGCCCUCGGCCCGGGGCCCGCAGCUGCUCCUGGCCGACCUGGCUCGCGCCUACGGCAAGGUCUUCAGCUUCUUCAUCGGCCGCCACCUGGUGGUGGUCCUCAGCGACUUCCGCAGCGUGCGCGAGGCGCUGGUGCAGCAGGCCGAGGUCUUCAGCGACCGGCCGCGGGUGCCGCUCGUCUCCCUGGUGACCAAGGAGAAGGGGAUUGUAUUCGCACAUUAUGGUCCAGUCUGGAAACAACAGAGGAAGUUCUCUCAUUCAACUCUUCGACAUUUUGGCCUUGGAAAACUUAGUUUGGAGCCCAAGAUUAUUGAGGAGUUUAAAUAUGUAAAAGAGGAAAUGCAGAAGCAUGGAGAAGACCCCUUCAACCCUUUCCCCAUCGUCAACAAUGCCGUCUCUAACAUCAUUUGCUCCCUGUGCUUUGGCCAGCGAUUUGAUUAUACCAAUAGUGAGUUUAAGAAAAUGCUUCAUCUUAUGUCACGAGCAUUAGAAAUCUGUCUGAACUCCCAGCUUCUCCUGGUCAAUAUAUGCUCCUGGCUCUAUUAUCUUCCCUUUGGACCAUUUAAGGAAUUAAGACAAAUUGAAAAGGAUAUUACCACUUUCCUUAAAAAAAUCAUCAAAGACCAUAAAGAGUCUCUGAACGUAGAGAACCCUCAGGACUUCAUAGACAUGUACCUUCUCCAUGUGGAGGAGGAGAGAAAAAAUAAUAGCAAUAGUAGCUUUAAUGAGGAUUACUUAUUUUAUAUCAUUGGUGAUCUCUUCAUUGCUGGGACUGAUACCACAACUAACUCCUUGCUUUGGUGCCUUCUGUAUAUGUCACUGAACCCCGACAUACAAGAAAAAGUUCAGGAAGAAAUUGAAAGGGUCAUUGGUGCUGACAGAGUCCCUUCCCUCACUGACAAGGCGCAGAUGCCCUAUACAGAAGCCACCAUCAUGGAGGUACAGAGGCUGACUGUGGUGGUGCCACUUGCUAUUCCUCAUAUGACCUCAGAGAAAACAGUGCUCCAAGGAUAUACCAUUCCUAAAGGCACAGUGAUAUUACCCAACCUGUGGUCAGUACACAGAGACCCAGCCGUUUGGGAGAAACCAGAUGAUUUCUACCCUAAUCGAUUUCUGGAUGAUCAAGGACAACUUAUUAAAAAAGAAACAUUUAUUCCUUUUGGGAUAGGGAAACGGGUGUGUAUGGGAGAACAGCUGGCAAAGAUGGAAUUAUUUCUGAUGUUCGUGAGCCUAAUGCAGAGUUUCACAUUUGCUUUACCGAAGGAUUCUAAGAAGCCCAUCCUGACUGGAAGAUAUGGUCUAACUUUAGCCCCACAUCCAUUUAAUAUAGUCAUUUCAAAGAGAUAAAGAACAUGUCCGAGAAGAGAAUGUAAAUACAUUUCCUUCCUAAACAGAUUCUUCCUUCCGCAUUGACAGCAGACCCAGUAAUGCAGUAGAUCCAGAUUAGGCUCAGAUGAGAGGAAGACUGGAAAGUGAGUAGAGCUUGCAUCUUGGAAGAUUCCUCAGAGGACACUUCUGUCAUUUUAGUAAUGCACGUCUGUGACUUAGGAGAUGGGGACCAAAGUGCUGGAUGGGAAGCGGGAGAUCUGGCUUUUAUCCCCAGUGGCUCCCACCAGUGAACAUUUCUUCUCAUCACUCAGUGCCUCAGUCAUUCCAUAAAAUGAGGUUAAGAAAUGUGCCUUCUUUCCAUCUCUCAGCACUAAGGAAGGUCAAAUGCCUCAUAUCUUUUCUGAUAUCACCAAAACACUUGUUAAGUACCGGAGAACAAAUUCAGAAGUAGUAGGAAGACCUGCCAAUUUAAGACCUGUGACAGCAUGAAAGUGGUAUUUGUACUUGAAUAUUUUGUCAGGGAAGGAUGUGGGUUUAAGUCAUGAUGAGUUAGAGCUCUUCUUGGCACAGACCCUAUGUCUGUUUUGGGAGAUGGGAGGCUUGUUUUGUUACCAUUAUCUAUUCAUUGGUGAUUUCGUUUUUUCACAUUUUGUAGAAAUGGACUCAAGUCCCCUUGUCUGGUAUGCAGAGGAAAGGCUGUUGUUUGAAUUUUUAUGUCUACCUUCUGUUUCAACUACAGGAACAGUGAGCCUGGCUGAAGGAGUGGCUUCACGGCAGAGUUUCUUUCUGCUGGGUUACUCACAGAGAUGUAGCUCUACCUUUUGACUUGAGCCCCAAAUAGUGAGGUUGGGAAUUCUGAUACUGAGAUUGAUCAGGGAAGGAUUCAAACUGUGAACCACUUGUCUGUGCUGCCGCUACGUGAUCCCAUGAGCGUCUACUCUGUGUUUUCAAUACAGAUAGAUGAAGUACAGGCAAAUCUCUAGGUGCCUUGAGGAUUUUUGUCAAUUAAAAAAAAAAAACAACAAAAAACAAAAACGAAUAAGCUAAGUGCCCAGGAAUUGUGAGUGAAUGGAACAGUUGUCAUAUAGAUUUUUAAUGAGAUGAUGCAAGUGUGGUUCCAUUGCAUUUUGAACAGGAUGUUUGUUCCUCAUCUGGAAUUUUACAUGCUUUUGAAUUGCACUAAUAAUUUGGCAUGAAUAAGUUUAUUACUCCUUAAUUUAUAUAUACAUUUUCAACAUUCCUAACCAAACAGCUUGUAGCUUACUGGAAAAAAAAAAAAACUAUUCUGUGAGAUUAUAUUGAAAUCAGAUGUUCAUUAAACUUUUAAAUAUAAUGCCUCCAACUGUAGCAUUUUAAAAACCUCUUUAUAUGGUAAGUCAUUGAAAAAACUAUUAAUGCAAUUUUCUAUUUUAUGAUUUAUUUGAAGUGUAAAAACCAGAAGUACCUUAUUUUAUAUAUCUUUCUAAUACCUAAUUUUUAAUCCUUAUCUUUAACAUAAUUUCUGGUGCUUUUAUUAAACUUUU